AUGGGGCCCCUGGGCAGUGGCGGCAGCAGCACUGCCAGCAGCAGCCUGCAGCACUUGCUCCUCUUCUUGCUCUUCGUUGGACCAUUCAACUGCUUUGCUAGUUACAGCCGUGCCACCGAGCUCUUCUACAGCCUGAACGAGGGUCUGCCUGCCGGGGUGCUCAUCGGCAGCCUGGCCCGUGACCUGCGGCUGCCAACAGCUGUCGGGCAGCACCCUGCGGCCCCUCAGCCCCCACUCUCCUUUACCUUGGCCUCCCAUGGCUUGGGAGGACAGUAUGUGCAGCUGGAUAACCGCUCUGGGGAGCUUCACACCUCAGCUGUGGAGAUAGACCGGGAAGCACUCUGCGUGGAGAGUAGCGGGGCCACCGUCUUCGGGGGAGCAGCUGCUGUCUCCUCUUCCUCACUUUCAUCUGAAUCAUGCCUGCUGCUGCUGGACGUGCUGGUGUUGCCACAGGAGUACUUCCGCCUGGUGAAGGUAAAAAUUGCCAUCCGAGAUGUCAAUGACAAUGCACCCCGCUUCCCGGUGCCCCACAUCCGCCUCUCGGUACCUGAGAAUGCACCAGUGAACACCCGCCUGGCCAUCGAGCACCCUGCCUUUGACCCUGAUGUGGGCACCAAUGGUGUCCAGACAUACCGCCUGCGAGAUAACUACGGUGUCUUCACCUUGGAUGUGGAGGAGAAUGAGAGUGGGGAGAGGACUCCCUACCUGAUUGUUAUGGGGGCUCUGGACAGGGAAACACGAGAGGAAUAUGUCACAGUCAUCGUUGCUGAGGAUGGGGGGACUCCUCCACUCGUGGGCAGUGCAACCCUCACUAUUGGCAUCAGUGACAUCAAUGACAACUGCCCCCAGUUCAGCGACUCACAGCUCAAUGUCACCCUUUAUGGGAAUUCCAGCCUUGGGACGCAUGUGGCCACUGUCCAUGCAGUAGACAUGGAUCUCGGAUCCAAUGCCCAGAUCACCUAUUCCUACAGCCAGAAGGUCCUCCAGCCAUCUAGAGACUUGUUCCACCUGGAUGAAAGCACAGGAGUCAUCAGACUCUCCAGUAAAGUUGAUGGGGAUGCUCCAAAGCUCCACAGGCUGAUCAUAUUGGGCAACGGUCCUGGUUGUAUCCCUGCUGUGAUCACAGUGCUAGUAACCAUCAUCAAAGUCAUGAUGAGGCCACCUGAGGUUGUCCCUCGUUUCAUAGCUAAUGAAGCAGAAGGGGUGGUGUACUUAAAGGAGUUAGAGCCUGUCAACACACCAAUAGCAUUUUUUACCAUCAAAGACCCUGACGAAAAAUACAAGGUCAAUUGCUAUUUGGAUGGUGAUGGGCCUUUCAGACUUUCACCAUACAAACCAUACAACAAUGAAUACCUGCUAGAGACCACAAAACCUUUGGACUAUGAGACACAGCAGCUGUAUGAAAUCUCUGUAGUUGCAUGGAAUUCAGAAGGAUUUCGUGUCAACAAAAUAAUCAAAGUACAAGUUCUGGAUGACAAUGAUAACUCGCCAGUUUUCUCUCAACAGCUGAUAGAACUAUCCAUUGAGGAGAACAAUGUUCCCAAUGCUUUCUUGACCAAACUGCACGCUACUGAUGCUGACAGUGGAGAAAGAGGGCAAGUGUCCUAUUUCUUAGGUCCUGAUGCUCCUUCCUACUUUGCUUUAGAAAAAAACACAGGAGUUCUUACAGUUUCCACUCAGCUAGACAGAGAAGAAAAAGAGAAAUACAGAUACACUGUCAAAGCAGUAGAUUCUGGGUUCCCUCCAAGAGAAUCAAUAGCAACUGUCACCAUCACUGUAUUGGAUAAAAAUGAUAAUAGCCCAAGAUUUAUCAAUAAAGAUUUCAGCUUUUUCGUGCCAGAAAACUUCCCAGGUUUUGGUGAAAUUGGAGUUAUAAGUGUCACAGAUGCUGACGCAGGGAAGAAUGGAUGGGUUGCCCUUUCGGUUCUGAAUGGAAGUGAUAUUUUUGUCAUAGAUACUGGAAAGGGAGUUUUGAGAGCUAAAGUUUCCCUGGACAGAGAGCAGCAGAGUUCCUACAUUCUGUGGAUUGAAGCAGUUGAUGGUGGUGAUCCUGCCCUGUCUUCUACUGCAAAAAUAACUAUCCUUCUUCUGGACAUAAAUGACAACCCCCCUUUAGUCUUAUUUCCUCAGUCUAACAUGUCUUACUUGUUGGUCCUUCCUUCUACCCUUCCUGGCUCUCCCAUCACAGAGGUCUAUGCUGUCGAUAAGGACACUGGCAUGAAUGCAGUCAUAGCUUACAGCAUCAUAGGAAGAAGAGGCCCUCGACCAGAGUCAUUUAGGAUUGACCCUAAAACUGGUAAUAUCACCUUAGAAGAGUCACUGAUGCAAAAUGACUAUGGGCUCUAUCGGCUACUUGUAAAAGUUAGUGAUCAUGGCUAUCCAGAGCCUCUCCAUUCCACCGUCAUGGUGAACCUUUUUGUCAAUGAUACCGUUAGCAAUGAGAGCUACAUUGAAAGUUUGUUAAGAAAGGAGCCUGAUAUCAGUAUAGAAGAAAAGCAACCACAAAUAUCCAUAGAGCCUACACACAAAAAAAUGGAGUCAGCAUCCUGCAUGCCCACCUUGGUAGUUCUGUCGAUAAUAAGCUUGGGUUCAAUCGCUCUAGUAACAGGGAUGAGCAUUUACAUCUGUGUCAGAAAAGGGAAAAAGCAUCACAGAGCAGAUGAAAACUUGGAAGUACAAAUCCCAUUAAAUGGAAGAAUUAACCUGCACAUGCUGGAGAAGAAACCAGUAGAGAUUUCUAACAUUUAA